AUGCCAAAAGAUAAAACCAAAACAAGCGUCAGUACAAACAGCAGCACAACCCUUACGGCUGUCUCGCUCCCUUCGUCACUUGAGUCUGAGUUAGCAAAACUAGAUUUUGACGGACGAUUGAAUAGAUAUGUUAAGGAAUUAGGCGAAUCUUAUUCUUCUGACACGGUGUCGAGCACCAAAGCAAUGACGCUACGAAAAAAUGCCAUAGACGCCGCACUAGCUAAUAUCAAACAAUCGAUGAUGAUCGACCUUU